CAUUUUGGUUACUCGCCUGCAACGCACACAAAACCUAACAAAAAAAUGAAUAAAAUUUAAAAAAAAAUUAAAGAACUUAAGUAUUGGAAACAACAUUAGGUCGUAGAAUUAGCCCAAUUGGAAAGAGUAUAUCUAAGAGGAUGUGACUUAGCCUCCGAAAUGGUCUUGACACUUAUCUGUGAAAUUUUCGUCGCAUACCGAGCUAUAUACUUAUCACUGGAGCUCUUAUCAAAUAAACGCUCGGCUUAUAUACGCGAUCGCAAUAACGAAGUGGGCAAACAAAAUCCAAUAUAAUGCCCAUAUACCCCAGUUAUAUAUAUUGUGCAAAAAAGUAAACAAGACCAAACACAACUUGGCUAAAACAAACCUGUCGCCGUUCCAGUCGCAGUCGGAGUCAGCUGCUCCAGUCGUUGAGUUAACCCGUAGAUCGUUGCCACCGGAUCGGAGGCCCUUAGCCGCGUGAUCCUAAUCAGCUUUGUUACGAGUAUAUAGCCGCGAUUUGUUUCAAUUUCUGCGUCAUGCAAGCGGGUUUGUUUUCGCUGCGGGUUAUUUGAAGAUGGAGUGAGGUGGCCGGUGAUUGGUGAUCGGUGGUGCGAGGAAAUGGCAAUUAGCGGCCCGAGUUCGUGUGGCAAACACCUCCGAAAGAUAUUCCCCGGAAAGUGAUUGAUAAUCGUCGUACAUAACUGCAAACAGAAAUAACAAGCCAAACGAAAAAUCAAAAUUUGUGUGCUUAAAGCGCUGGAUGCGCCCCUACAUCUGCAUCAUGGAGCUGCCAAUCAACCGACCUGUAAGCGGAAAUCUACUGCUGGGCCUCACCUCCGUGGUGGGUCUCAUUGGAGGCGCCUACCUGCUGCAAUGUGGCGCCCAGCAUCUCUUGGGCAAACUAGCCAAUAAGAAGUGGAGGAAGGAGGAGAAGGAUGCCAGCGAGGAUCGCACCUGCAACGUCUGCUGUGCGGACCUGGAUCUGGGCAGUGCCAAAAACUACGUGACAUGUUGCACCUGCGGGAAAUCCGUUUGCCGUGGGCCAAAGUGCGCCGACUGGCGUCCCAAGGACGCCAAGUGGGAGUGCCAGCUGUGCCAGAGCUCAAAGGAGUCGCUGGCCCACACCUCCUCGUGGGUGGCCGAGCAGAUGUCCUUCAACCAGCACAAGUUCGUCUAUCCAAUGAGGGCGAGGAGUGAGGUUUACAUACCUAUUGUGGGCGAUGGCAACGACAGCAGCAUGCAAUUCGAAAGCGUUAGCCAGAUUGGCCAGACGGCCAACUUGGAUGAGCGGGCCAAGAUCCGCGAGUAUGUAGAGGAGAUCGUGGCCGAAAUGCUGGGCGGUAAUUUGGACCACAUUAAAGUGGGGCAGCUGUCCAAAAGCGAGAACUACUUGCAACUCUUUGAUAAAUUCCAUGCGAAGCUGAGUAACCUGCUUAUCAAUGUGGAAAACAAUUUGUGCGCGCGUGCGCUCAAUGGAGAUCUGCCAGCCAUAGUAAAUGGCCAAAACAACGGCAAUGGCCUGAACCAUAACAACAAUAAUAAUAAUAACAACAAUGCCGAAUCCGAGCUGGCCGACAUCUCGCAGACCCGACUACGCAGUCUCAUCGAGACCAUCAUAGCGGAGACCCUGCGAAACUCCUCCCUGAGCAUCAGCGGAGCUGUGUCGGAAAUCAGCCUGGAUACCAGAUCCCACGCUUCCGAGCUGGCCAAUGGAAAUGGCAUGAAGCGGCGCCAUCGCACCGAGCACUACUUCGAGCCGAAGAUCUACCAGGAUCUGCUUGCCACGGCGGUGCUGAAUAAGAUUGCGGAUAAGGAAGGAAAUACAAGGCUUUUGGCGGAGAGUACGCCGGACUUGAGUGGUCGCCACAUUGACGAGAAUUUCAAUGCCGAAGCGCUGAGCACCACGUCUGGAAGCUCGAUAGAGCCACGCAGUGAUAGCAGUCUCACGGAUCAUGAAAUCGGAUUGGAUAAUGGUAAAUCCAAGUCCCUUCAAACGGAUUUGGAAAGGGAAUCUGUGCUUAGUGAUUAUAUAGCCGCACAUAUGGUGCCACUGCCAGACUUUUCAGCAUCCGUCACCGAAUCCGAGGAUGAUAUUGGAUCCAUCUCCUCGGGCAUGAUCGGUGAUGGAAACUGGGAAGACAACUGGCUCUUUAAGAAGAAACGCAGCUCGGCCACUCCGAGCAGCAUUGGCAUGCUAGUGCCAGCACCCACAGAGAAUGUCCGUGCCCAGAUUGGCGAUAAGACCACCGACGAGAUCAGCGAUCUCUCGGAGAUCGGUUCAGAUAUAGAGGAGAGCUCUCUGGAUCUAUUGCGAUGCAACGAUCUGAACGAUCGACUGCUGAGCCAGCACCUGAUUGGUGGCCAGAACACUAAGCUUGUCCUCGAUGAGCUGGUGGAUCGCACCAGUCUUACGUCCCACACAUUGCUGGAGGAGCAUGAGCCCGCAUUUACAGAGACAACCAAUGAGUUUGUGGUGUCCCCGAUGGCCGUGCCAUCUGAUAUUAAAGCUCCAUCUCCAACACCACCUCCACCACCAAUGAUAUUUCAAGAUGACUUAUUGAAAGAGGAGGAGCCAGACCACACUCCCAUCGCAGCCGAAGGCGAAACCGAUGAGCUGGCUAGCCUUGAUGGCUGCACUGGCUUCAGCACAGUCGAGUACAUCGACGAAGAGCAAAUGCACGAGACCGUACCAUCGGUGAUCGAGAUCUUGGCAGCCAUGGCUUUGGGACCCAUGCUAGCUGUUCCAGCGUCUGAACAGCCUGGUGCCAUGACACCCAGUGAGAUGCACACUCUCAAGGAGCUGAGUGACUUGGCCCUCGCCGAGAUUAACGCUCGCACUGUGGACCUAGUGCACUCGCAUUCCUUGGAAAUAAUUGAGGAGGAGAACAACGAACCUUUAGAGAUUGUCUUACAGCCACACUUGGAUAUUAUACAACCUCCUCCGCUGGAAGAGAUUACAUCUUCAACUUUAAUGCCUUUAGAAGAGCAAGACAGUGUUAUUCAGACGGACGUAGUACCUCCCCCUCCAGCAUUGGAACUUCUUUCUGAACUGGAACCGCCCUCGCCAAUAGAAGUUAUUGAAGAUGCAGAACUUUUCGUUGCGGUUCCAGAGGAAAAUGUUUUAGAAAAGCAAUCAGACCAACCGAAAUCUGACCAACCACAAGAGAUCUCCCUCGGCGAUGGCCCAUCAGAGCCUACAGAAAUUGAUCAAGAAACACAGACUGUUCCUAUGGAUAUACCAGCGCCAUUGGAAGUUCCCCUAGAAUCACAACCGGAAUCGAAGGCAAACGAAACCGUUGCUGAAAGUAUCCCAGAUACGGAAUCUAAAUCUACGGGUAUUGUUGCAGAAGUACUACCAUUGGAAAUGGAUAUACCAGCACCCUUACAACCCGUCAUUGAGAUAGAUCAGGUGGUAAACGUUGCUCAGGAAUUACACUCUGAUGAGGUCCCUCAAACCGAAGCUAUUACUUUGGAAACUUUGGAAAUUGUCCCAGAAACUGUGGAAAUAGUUACAGAGCAUCAAGCUAACACUAUGACGAGUCACCCAGUGCCUAUAGAACUUAUUCCUCAAACAGAAUCUGCCGGCGUUGAACCUGUAGUACCUUUGGAAAUAGUUUCCGAAGUCCAAUGUGUCGCAGAGGAUCCUUCACCAACUAAAAUAGAUAAUGUUGGAGAAACAAUCUUAGAGCGAAAUGAAAUUGUUUCAACGACGCCAUCGUCAAUAGUCGAUCCUUUAGCUCCUCCGGAAAUUGUAUCAGAAACACAGCCCUCUAUAGUGGAUAUACCAGCGCCGGUAGAAACUGUUACAGAUAUGCCUGUUCCAGAAACGCUUUUUGUGGAGACGAUUCCGGAACCUGUAAUAAUGGAAUCUGAACUGCCUGUGGAAGUUAAUGUUGCACUAGACCCACCACCGGAGCCCUUGGAAACUAUUUCAGAGACACAACCAACCGAAACUGUAAUGGUUUCAGAACCUCAAGACAUCGCAAUCGAUUCAGUAUCACCCAUUCAAGUUUCUUCACAGACAGAAACCGUUGUUGUGGCACCAUCAGAAACUGUUCCGGAUCCAAUAGAAGUUGUGGAACUCGCAAUACCUGAUGAAGUGAUUCCCGAAACGGAAUUGGUCUCGGUGGAUAUACCAUCAAUUGUAGAAGAUGUUCCACUAAUUGAUUCUGUUGAGACCCCAAAACUCCCAGCUCCUGUUGAAAUACCGGUGCCAGUAGACCUUAUUCCGGAGGCCGAACCGGUUGCUGAAGCACCGGCACCAGAAUCUACAGAUGCCUCUAAAAUUUCAUCAUCUGAAAACACAGAGCUUUUAUCUGUUGAACCGAUAGCUUCAGUAGGAAUAGUUGUGGAGUCACAACCAGCUGAAACAGUCGCCGUGGAUGUACCAGAACCUAUAGAAGGAGGAGAAGUGCAGGACGAGGGAGAAGCCACAUUAGAAAUGAUUCCACAAUCUCAAUCUAUAGAUGUGGAACCAAUUACACCGAUAGUUGGAUCUUCUGAUGUGGAGAACUCAUUGCCAGCGGAAGUUACUUUUACAGAUGCAAAUUCAGGAGAAAAUGCUGAUAUCGGGGGUUCUACUGUUGAGCCAAAAGAGCUGGUGCGUCCUGUGCCUGAGAAUAUACCAUCGCCAGUGGAAUUAGUUUCUGAAUUAGGACUUGCCGAAAAGGAUCCUCCAAUUGUUAUGGAGAGUGAACAUAUCACACCAUCUCAAUUGAUUCCAGAGGCUGAAUCUAUUUCACUCGAAUCCGUAUCUCUUCCCGAAUCUGUUCCCCAGGCAGAUACGAAUCCAGCAACACAGCCUGUUGCUGUGGAACUCAUACCGCCCCCAGAAAUUGCUCCAGAGAACGCGCCUUUGGAAGCUUCAUCGUUUGAGGAAACAAUCGCAGAAGAACACAUCAUCGCAGAAGACAUACCGAGUCCUGUCGAACUUGUGGUAAAGCUGGAGUCUGAAGAAGUUGAUCAAUCAGAAACUCUUGCAAAGCAGAUAGAAUCUGUGAAUGUGAAACCGGUAGACCAUGCAGAAAAAGUCACGGAGCCGCAGAACUUAGCAGUAGAACAACUACAGGCUGAGGCUCAAACGGAUUCAGUUGCAUUGGAAACAAUACCAUCUGUCGAACUUAUUCCAGAAAUCUCAUCUAUUGCAUUGGAUUCUUCUGAAUCUUUUAGAGAUCAGCACCUAACGACUGCAGAAACUGUUUCCCUAGCUGAAGAUGUCGGAGUGGAAUCACCUAACUCUGAUGAAAAUCUUCCUAAGAUAGAGGAACCAUUGGCUUCUGUUGAAGCUAUUUCAGAUGCAGAAUCCGUCACUGUGGAUUCUCCAUUACCAUUACCACAGGAAGUCACCCCACAAUCAGAUUUAGCUAUUGCGGGAUCAGAUGUACGAAUGGAAAUUCCAGCUGAGGUCGAAACUGUUACCAAAGUUCCACCACAGCCUGCGGAAACUGUUCCAGGUACACAAGCUAACCCAGAGAUUCCCCCUCCGAUUGUAGAUGUUCCAGAAGUGGAAGUUGUCGCAAUCGAAAGCAUCGCUCCCGUCGAUAUUGCUGCAACUCCUUCAGAAGUUAUUCCCCACGACGAAUCAGAAACGGUGAAAAUUGGUGCGACUGAGGCGAAAGAUGUUCUCUCACCUGAACGUGCCGCUGUGGAAUCAAUAGAUUCUAUAAAUAUUGUUACCCAACUUGAAACCGAUAGAUCUGUGCAAGCUCCAUUGGAAGUUAGCACUGAACCACAAGCUAUGGUAGAUCCACCAGAAAUUAAAGAUGACAUUUCUCAGAUAGAACCUGUUCAAGAAGAACCCCUAAAGAAAAUGGAAACGGAUUCAAGACAAACCGAAGAAUCUCAGCCCUCAGAGAUUGUGGAAGAUGUCGCUGCAGAGACCUCAGCACCUGAGGAAGUGAUUUUAGAAGAGCCUAUGCAGCCUGUGGAUGUUCCUAAAGGCGUUUCUAUCUGUACAAGUACUCCAAUAGCUGGGGAAGUUGUUAUUGUAAAUACACCAGGACCAGCAUGUGUUCUAGAAGAGCUUCCAACUCCAUUAGAAAGUUUUUCUGAUACUGAAACAAUCCUACCUGUAGAAGCUAUUCCUGAACCACGAUCUGAAGAUCUUGAACCACAAGUGACAACAGAAGUUAUAUCACAAAUAUAUUCUGAUAAAGAAUGGUCAUUAGCAAAUGUGAACAGUGCUCCAAUUGAACUUCCUUUAACAGCACAAAGUGUUGCAGUCGAGUCACCAGAAUCUAUAGAAAAGGUUACACUGAUUGAAUCUGUCAAUGUUGACCUUCCAACGCCUGUUCAAAUUAAAGCGGAAAACGUCACCGUAAACCCACCAGAGUUCGUCGAGUCUGUGGUGUCCAAUAAUACGGUUUCAGAUGAACGUGCAAUAACACAACAGAAGCAUUCUGUUGAUGUAGAGCCGUCACCUCCUGAGGAAAUUGUGACCCAAGCUGAUUCCAUUCAAGUAGAGUCGCCAACUCCUGCGGCAAUUGUUCAAUGUGCGGAAUCUAUCGCAGUAGAACCCUCAGCUGCCGUUGAACUCGUUCCCCAAGUAGAAUCAUCCAUGAUAAGUGAGACAGAGUCCAAAGAAAACGAAUCCGUCGCAGUGGAGUUGCAAGAAGGUGCUGUAGAACCAGAACCACCAGUGGAUCUCAUGACGACUUCGGAAGUUGAAAACGAAACUCCCGCUGUUCAAAUUGGACUUGAAGGACAAGCUGAAGCAGUGAAUGUUUCAAAUGCUGUGGAAAGCAAUGCAGCUGUUGAACCCGUUGCAGUAGCACCUACAGAAGUUACCGAUGCGCAACUCGUAGCGUCUGUUGAUAUUUGCUCUGAAACUGUGGCAAUAGAUUUAACGGAAUCUCUAAAAGUGGUUUCAGACAGUGAUUCCGUCGUUGUCGAAAAUGUUUCUGUGACUGAAUGUAUCGCAACGGAUCCACAAGGUAUUGCCGAAGACAUCGAACAGACUGUCACAGUGGAACAAUUACCUCCUGUUGAAGUCAUUACCGAAAUUAAUGCCUCCGCAGGGGAUCUGCCUCUUUCUAAUGAUGAUGUGGCAGGAUCUGCCGGGGUAGAACCUUUAGAGUCUAAGGAAAUCCUUGAUCAAUCUGAGCCAAUAUCCGUGGAUCCAAUAUGUCCGGCUAAUCAUGAUCCUAAAACCACAUUUGAACAGCCAGUGACUGUAGAUACUCUUUUAGAUGUCCCCGGCGCCGUUCCAAUACAACCGCAAAGUGAAACUGAACACUUAACGCCGUCAAAUGAUGCUCCCAAGUCGGAAGUGGCAGCAAAUGAUCAGCUAUCAUCUCCAGAAAUAUUCCCAGAAACGCAAACUGUUCAGUGUUCCUUCGAAUCCCAAAAAGAUACAGAAUCAGAUGCAGUACUUAAUGAAGUUGUUCCUGAAACUGAAACCAUUGCUGUGGAACCAAUUGAUCCUGCAGGAGUUGUACAAACCGUUGCAAUGGAAGAACCCUCAUUAGAACCCUCAUUAACUGCAGAAAGGAAUGCUUUAGAACCACUAGAGUCUCUUCCUCAGGCUAAAUCUGUCACUGAAGUCUUGCCAGUUCCUACUGAAAUCGAUUCGAAUGGGGCAACCAUCACUGGUGAACCUUUAGUUGCUGCUGAAGUUAUUACUCAAGAAAAACCUCUCACGGUUGAGCCUGAAGAAACUAUAUCACAGACGGAAUCUAUUUCUGAGCAGCCUCUAUCAUGUGAAAACGUUAUUCAACCAGGAGACUUAGUACCUAUAAUGUUACCUGCACCUUCAAUCGUCGAAACACAAUCUGUCGAUUUAGAGCCGCAACCUCCUGAAGUUAUCCCAGAAACAAAAUUGGACACUGUCGAUCCACCGGAUACUAUACAAGUUCUUUCUCAAGCUGAUUCUGAGAUUUCAUCAGUGGUUUUAGAACCUAAAAUCCUUGAUCUGGAUUCUUUAUCAUCUAUGGAAACGGUUUCAGAACCUCAACUCCAAAAUCCAGAUACGUCUAAGGAAGUGGUUUCGGAAUCUACUGAUGUGGAGUCUACAGCUCCUGUUAAACUUAUUUCGGAAACAAACAAUGACGCAGAUGAUCCACCAUAUACAAAAAUUACGCAAUCGGAUUCGGCUAAAGGACCACAAGAAACUGUAUCAGAACCACAAUGUAUAUCUGCAGAACCACCUGCGACUGUGGAUGAUAAAACUGUUCCAGUAGUUAAAGAACCCUCAGGGGAUAAAGUUCCUGAAAUACACUCUGAUACAAUGGAAACAGAACCACCAGAGGCUGCAGCAGUUCCCGAUGAAGUUCUCCCAGAAGCAGAAUCUGUUCCAAUAUGCUUGGGCAAUGUAGAAGAAACUGUGACUAAAACUGGAGAGGAUUCACUAUCUGCGGAAGAUAUUUCAAAGAAUGAUGUUAUAAUGCCUGAACUGCAAGCUUGCACAACCGUGGAGUCUACAUUAACGUGUGAUGAAGCCAAAUCCAUUUCAUCAAACGAUGCCCAGCUUGCCACUAAUGAUCCAGAGAUGGAAAUCAAAAUGGAAAGUGCCUCUGCAGUGGAACCUGCUGCUGAAGGUUCCAUUGCGGAGCGCGAGGUGAAGAAGUGGUACAACGCCGUUGAGAUGCCAAAUAAUCCAUACGCCCCGGAGGCCCUGAAGCAGCGCAUCAGUGGAACCCAGGAGCGGUACAUGGAUGUGCCUAACAUCAGCCCGAGUGCUGAGCACAAGGCACUGGCAUCGGCGCUGACGGAAAAUCCGGAUCCGCCAUCGCCAAAAACGGACUAUAAGCGCUAUAGCCGCGACUACUACAUCAACAAUGCUCCCACACCCACUGACAGCACGGGAAGUGGAAAGGCUGCAGCCCCCAUCUCAGCCGAGGAUGUGGAGGACAUCGUGAUCAACGAGGCUCAAAAAGCAAGCAAGCCUGCCACAGAGCAGGAACCGCCGCAGGAGUCUGUGUUCAAAGCAGUGCCAGUUCAAAUCCUGGAUGAGUCCCUGGAUUCCCAAUCGAAUCCCUCGCUAUACUCCCUGCAAACAACGACCACGACAACCAGCGAUGAAUCCGAUACGGUUCGCAUCUACGAUUUUAACAAGCAGGAAACAACGGUAAUCAAAGCUGUUCCGGCGGAGCAGCAGCCCAGCACCUCCACCACAUCGUCCAUGGAAUCCGCUCAGAGUGCUACACCUUCAGUCUCUUCUAUUGACUCAUCAGUUUCGAAGAAGCGGGAGCGACCUGUGGUUCUUCAGUUUGGUCCAGGCGAUUCAGCGCCCACAAUAGGUUCUCCAGCUAGUACUCCCACAAGGGGAUCCACUCCCCCCGCUUUCAGAUUCCUACAACCCAAACGUCGUCUCAUUGAUCCCAGUCAGGUGCUGUCUGUCGAUGAAGAUGAUGUGCCUGAACCUACUACUCCUGCGUCGGAGAAGCCUGUCAUCGAGGACGAAGUGGCUCAUUCCAUGCCAUCUGUUAAGGCUCUGGCUCAGGCCUUCCUCCUGACCAGCAAGCACACACAGCCCCAGCGGAGAUGGCGCGCCAAGGUAAGAAUAGCAGCCCCGCCAGACACUCCAGAUAAGCCAAACACGUCACUGGCUAAGCGUCACAAAUUGGAGCAUGCCGUCUCCAUGGCAGAAGUAGCCGAUGAAUCUACAAUUGCCUCCGACCUAUCAUCCCUCGAAACCGAUCCUUCUAUCCAUUCGGAGAACACUCCACCCAUAGCCUCUCCGGCGAGUCCCGUGCCUGUUCGUCAUGGUUUCCUUCGGAGCAAUAUUGCUUUCUUUGAGAAUUUAAAGUUCAAGUGAAUAUGCGAAUGGAGUUUCGUUAGUGUGCGGCCAUUGGUUUAUCUUCCCGGUGUGGGAAAAUGCACGAUAAUGGUGAAGCCCACAGCCCAUAAUCCAAACCAAAUCUUCGCCAAAAACCAUGUGCCAUGGCCUCCAAUCCCCAGUCCGAAAAUUCACAAUAUGAUGUACUUAACUUUAAUUGGCACUCAAUGUGUGCCAUCGUUAAUUUUAGUUCGUAUUUACUAUUACAUAAUUCUUCUAUCCAUGGAUACUAUUUAUUUAGCUCUAAGAUAUGCUUUAUGUAUUUUUUAGGCGUAAGCGAAACUAUUCCCAAUUUCAGCUGAAUAAUAAUACCCAUACGUCACCCGUACUAGUUUAAAUGUUACAUAAUUGUACUCAAUAAAACAUACAUUUAGAGAAUUAAAA